AUGCCGAAGAAGGGUGCUGCUACAGCAGAGAAGAAACCCGCAGACAAGAAAGCAGGAAAAGGUAACUCCAAGAGCGAGGACGCUGCAGAAAAGCCGAAGGGAAAGGGCGGUUUGAAGCCAGCGACAGCAGUCAACGUGCGCCACAUACUGUGUGAGAAGCACUCAAGGGCAACAGAGGCCUUGCAAAAGAUACAGGAGGGACAACGGUUCGACAAAGUUGCGCAAGAAUAUUCGGAAGACAAGGCCAAAGCUGGCGGUAGUCUCGGCUGGAUGACUCGAGGAUCCAUGGUGGGACCCUUCCAGGACGCAGCGUUCGCACUUGAGCCCUCGACAGUCGACAAGCCGAUCCUCUCUCCGCUCGUGAAGACGAGUUUUGGAUACCACAUCAUCAUGGUCGAGGGACGCCGCUGA